UUAGAGGGAAAAGUUGAAGCAAUGCAAGCACAGUAGACUCCUCUCCCUUCCUCCCCUCCCCUUUCCCCAACUCCCCACUUCCUAAGCCGGAUCAGCGUUUAGGGAGGGCAGUCAUCAUCACGCAAUCCUGAGCAGCUGGAGCUGACGUUGGACUGAGCUGCCAGGUAGCUGAAAAAAGGCAGAGAAGGCAGCUGAUACCCACUUUUCAACGUUUCUUUCUUUUUUUUUUUAAGUCUGGAUCUGGACUUCAAGCAUCACAGCGCCCGAGCCAGCUCAUCUGAACCCUCGGUGUAUUGCAAUACCCUCUCUUCCCAAAGAAAAGAUUCCACUGAGUAGCAGAAUGCUCGCAGUGUCGCAGCCAGGGCUACAGCGCAAAGCCUUUCUGUAAAUUUGUGUGUGUGCGUGUGUGUGUGUGAUUCCUUUCUUUGAGGGCACCUUUGGUUUUUGUUACCCUGAUGUGACUUUUGCUUCGCUUUGGAAUGAUGGGGAUCUUUCUGGCUUAUGUUGGAUGCAUUUUCUUUUCCGUGUUGUAUAUUCAACAAGGACUUUCUACCCAAGCAAAAUUCACCGAGUUCCCCCGAAAUGUCACAGCCACUGAAGGGCAGAACGUGGAGAUGUCGUGCGCUUUCCAGAGCGGCUCCGCCUCGGUGUACCUCGAGAUCCAGUGGUGGUUUCUGCGAGCAGCCGAGGAGCAGGAGGCUGGAGGCGAGGUGACGGGCACUCAGGUGGAGCUCUUACCAGAGAGAGACUUGGACAAUGACGGAACAAAAAUAAGCACAGUGAAAGUACAAGGGAAUGACAUCUCCCACAAGCUGCAGAUUUCAAAAGUGAGGAAAAAGGAUGAAGGCUUGUAUGAGUGCAGGGUGACAGAUGCCAACUAUGGAGACCUUCAGGAAUACAAGGCCCAGGCAUUUCUCAAAGUCAAUGCUAACAGCCACUCUCGGCGAAUGCAGGCCUUUGAAGCAUCCCCAAUGUGGUUGCAAGAUAUGAAACCUCGCAAGAACAUCUCAGCAGCUGUUCCCAGUAGCGUCCAUAACUCUUCCAAUCAGCGAAUGCGCUCCACCGCCAGCCCUGAAGCUGCAGCUAAAAUCCCAAAACAGAGUCCACAAUCAGCAAAGAGCAAAUCGCCUGUAAAAUCCACGGAGCGGACAGCAAAGUUGACCCUAACCUCCAACCACCACUCUGCACCCAAUGUACUCUAAUUCUCUACACAUGGAGCACCUUCAGGAAGUACAAAAAACAAAUAUAUAUAUUGUUUAAACAUAUAAAUAUAUAUAUGAAGAGGAUACCACAUUUUCUUGAUCUAUAUUAUUUUCUUUGCUGUAUCACCGAUCAUUUAUUUGAAGAGAACUGGUGUGAUGUAACAGGACAUUUUGUAACAGCAAGACCUAGUUUCCUUUUCUUUCAGCAAGUAGAAGCAUCAUAUCCUUGACUGCUCAGGGGUUGGCUUGCAAGUCAUCGGUAUUAUACAAAUUCACUAUGGAUGAUAUUUGGUUUCCUUCUUUGAAAGAACUGUGGCAGCCAUAAGGCAAACAGUGGCCAAAAAAAAAAUAAAAAAAAAAAUAAACCAACAAAAAAUCCCAAGAGAACAAAAUGACUCAGCAUCACCUCUGACCAAAAAAAACCCCUCAGAAACUUUGAUUAAAAGCAAAUUUUUUUUGUGAGGGUCAGGAGUGCAAAACAAAAAUACCAACAUUGCAAAGCAACUAACAGGACUAAAGGACGUUAUUUCUGAAGACAAGCAAGAAGCACUAUUGAGGGUUUUUUUUUUAAUUUUACUUUUUUGAAAUUUUUCCUCUCUUUUUUUCCCCAUCCCCUCCCUUUUCCUCUCUUUUCUCUUGGUUUGUUUCUUGUUCAAUGGUGGCAGUUGAUGACUUAGGCCAACCCCUAUUGACUGUGUGGUGGUAAUAUAAAUACAUUUUUUGUGUGUGUGUUCUAUAUUUCGAUGUGUUUUCUCUGAUUUUGCAACUCCUGUAUAUGCAAAACUAACUUCAAUUCUGUAAAUUGCUUACAGUAUGUGUGAUAUAACUUCACAGUAGACAUACCAUGGUCCUCAUGCAAGCCAGUUUUUAAUAUUAUCUAUAUGUCGUGCCACCAACAGACAUUUUUGUUUCCUUUUUUGAUGAAGCAUUAUUUUUUAAUUUGUAAUUCAGUACUGUGUGGAUUUUGUAAUACAUGCAUUCACUUCCACUGGUUUGACCCCUUGCAGAUGGCAAUGCAGCCCUCUGUUUACUCUGUAAAAUGCACAUUAAAAUUU